UAAAAAUCUGUUAAUUAGACAUAAACAGUGAGCUCUCCACAGAAAAAUAGGAAAAUCAAAAUCAAAACGACUAUGGCCGCUUUGCUCCUCUCCCAAAACCCAUUCCCACCACUUCUCUUCUCUCCUCUCACACCCACUUCCCCUCUUUCACUCCUCUCAAUCACAAACCCUAGAAAUCAACCUCACCACCACGGCCACCGCAAAUUCAUUGCCUUAUCAUCGUCAUUUCGAAACGGAAACACAUCGCCGGAAACAGAGUGCCCUGUUCCACCAGAUCAACAACCCAUCAACGAGUACCAGUCACUGUCCACCUCCUUCCCCUUCUCCUGGGCCUCUGGCGACUUCGUCGAGUACUGUUCGCGCUUGUUCGUCACAGGGGCUUCCUUUGCCCUCUUCGUGGGUCUGCCCGUUUCGUGGUACGGCUCCGUCGGCGUCGAAUGGGAUCUGUCGGAGCGGGUCUUGGGUGCUGUCUCGAGUGGGAUUUUGGCGGUCACUCUUGCUGUUGUGAGGAUGUAUCUGGGUUGGGCAUACGUGGGCAAUCGAUUGCUAAGUGCCACUGUUGAAUAUGAAGAGACUGGGUGGUAUGAUGGUCAGAUAUGGGUGAAGACUGCUGAAGUUUUGGCACGAGACCGGCUUUUGGGUUCAUUUUCUGUCAAGCCUGUGCUGAGCCGAUUAAAGAACACGCUUGUGGGACUUGCAAUAUCAUUAUUCGCAUGUGUCUUCAUCCUCGUUAGUGUGGAGGGCAACCAAAAGGACUCCUACUUAACAUCCGGAGAAGCUGGUGGUAGAGCUGUACCUGGAGUCUACAAUGAAGAAUCUGCAAGAUCGUUUGAGCCGGAUGCCUUUUGUGGUGAACCCGGUAUUCCUUAGUAAAUGGCAAAAAGAAAGUUGUUUCUAUUUUAUAGUGUCCAGUAUAUAUGUAAGGCAUAUCAUAUAAUCCCAUUUCUGUACAGUAUUAUGUAUUUUUAUACAAGGCCCCCAAUGUAAUCUCUGUAAAUUGAUGUUUUCCUGGUUUUUGUCAAAUAUAUAACAAAAAGCUAUUCAAAAGUCACAAGAA